UUUAAUUAUCAUUAUCUAGUUCUAGAUACAUAGGUUUGAACUCUAACUGCAAAGGACGUACAAUUCCUAAUGCGCCUGCCCCACCUCUUAGGGGACAGCUUUUCGAGGACUCCAAGGUCUUCAAGAGAGCGGAUUGGCCGUAUCCCAGAGGCUCCGCCCCUCUUCAACCGCCAGCCAAUCGUUUCCUCAGGCAGUGACCAGGCCUCAGAGGGGCGGAGGCAGGUCUCGGGUAUGUAAACGCGGGCCUCGUGUCGGAAAGGCAGGGCCCAGUUCACUGCUGGACAGAGCUUCGGUUCCUCCCGGCUCUUCUGCCUCUGGGGAGGCUCCUACCAUCGACCACAGGAGAAACCAGACGCCUUCCCCUCUAACUAACACCUUCUCGCUUAUCCUGCCAUCCCCCAAUCCCACCCCAACUCCCGCAAUGUCCACCAAAGAAACUUACAGCAACAGCGCCUCUCGCAACCCCAGCGCCGCCUCUCGCGGCCCAGCCCCUGACAAGAAAACGCCCACAGCGCCCCCUCGGGCGGCGGGCGGCAGUGCAAGGGGGCGGGGAGGUGGCGGUAGCUCCCGCGGAGGCUCCCGAGGGCCCUCCGGAACCCUUGAGUACCGGGCCCGAGGCUCCUGCUACCGGGAAACGCCGCUCUGUUUUAAACUCGAUAGCUCCGUCGUCGGGGCGGUCAUAGGUCGGGGUGGAGCAAAAAUAAAGGAAAUUCAAGAAUCAACAGGUUCUAAAAUUCAGAUAAUAAAGGGGGAUCUAGAGUCAGAAACCAGAAUAUACGGCAACAAGGAGAACCAGAAAUCAGCUAAGUUAAUGAUAGAGGAAAUAGUAAAAAAAAUAGAAAAGUAUUCUAAAGAAGACACAAAAACUGGAAACCCUCUGAAAUCAUCCUGUAAUGAAAAUGGCCCAGAGAAAAAAGUUCCAGUAAUUGAUUGGGAGGCUAUUAAACAGGACCAUCUCCACUACAUUAAAACAAAAUGGGACGGUCUUCCCCCAAUUAAGAAAGAUUUCUACAUAGAAUCUUCAAAAACAAAAUUAAUGUCACAAACACAAGUAGAUAAGUGGAGGGAAGAAAACAAUAAUAUAAUGUGUGAUGACUUAAGAGAAAAUGAAAAACGUAUAAUUCCCAAUCCAGUAUGUACAUUUGAAGAUGCAUUUGAUCAUUAUCCUGAUGUUAUGGCUAAUAUAAAGAAAGUAGGUUUUACAAGACCUACACCUAUCCAGUCACAAGCAUGGCCAAUAAUAUUAAAAGGAAUUGAUCUAAUUGGUAUUGCCCAAACUGGCACAGGAAAGACUUUAGCCUAUUUAAUGCCAGGAUUUAUUCAUCUUGAUUUACAGCCACGAACCAUGGAGAAAAGGGAUGGUCCUGGAAUGCUUGUGUUGACACCAACGAGAGAAUUGGCUUUACAAGUAGAAAGUGAAUGUAAAAAAUAUACCUACAAAGGAAUUAAAAGCAUUUGUAUAUAUGGUGGUGGAGACAGAAGAGGUCAGAUUGAACAUGUUACUAAGGGUGUAGAUAUUGUCAUUGCUACUCCUGGUAGACUCAAUGAUCUUCAAAUGAAUGAAUUCAUCAACCUGAAUAGCAUCACAUAUUUGGUUCUAGAUGAGGCUGAUAAAAUGUUAGACAUGGGGUUUGAACCUCAAAUAAUGAAGAUUUUAUUAGAUGUUCGGCCAGAUAGACAAACUAUUAUGACCAGUGCUACUUGGCCUGAUGCUGUACGUCGCCUUUCACAAAAAUAUUUGAAUGAUCCAAUGAUUGUUUAUGUUGGAACUCUGGAUCUUGCGGCUGUAAAUACUGUGAGGCAGAAAAUAAUCAUAACCACAGAACAAGAGAAGCCUGCUCUUAUACAUUCCUUCAUUGAUUCAAUGAAGCCUGAAGAUAAAGUAAUUAUUUUUGUAGGAAGAAAACUGAUUGCUGAUGAUAUAUCCAGUGACCUGAGCAUUAAGGGUUUACCUGUACAAUCAUUACAUGGUAAUCGGGAGCAAAGUGAUCGUGAACGAGCACUGAACGAGUUUAAAACAGGAAUAGUAAGAAUAUUAAUAGCUACAGAUUUGGCAUCACGAGGUCUUGAUGUCUUAGAUAUCACCCAUGUUUUUAACUUUGAUUUUCCUCGAAACCUCGAGGAGUAUGUCCAUAGAGUAGGACGAACUGGAAGAGCUGGGCAUACAGGGGAAUCAAUUACCCUACUAACUAGGAAUGAUUGGAAAAUAGCUGGUGAAUUAAUCAACAUUUUGGAGAGAGCCAACCAGGAAAUUCCAAAUGAGCUUAUAUUAAUGGCUGAAAGAUAUAAACAGCACAAACAGAAAAAAGAUGAAGAAAGAAACAUGUCAAGAACUCGUGGAAGGACAAGAAACAUUUAUUGAUUUUUGGAAGCAUAUACAAUCCAGGAAACAACUUACUUUUGGAGUUGUUGCCUUUCAGCUCAGCCAAAGCUAAACAGUGAGGGCAUUGGAAGUCAUCAAAGGAAAGACAAUUCUGGAUUUGGUUUUUUCCCUUUUUUUUUUUUUUUUUUUAAUAUAUUGUCAAGAAACGAGUAUUACAUUGAAAGUUCAGAUCUGAAUGUAAGUAAAAAAAAUAUGACUUGCAUAUGAAAGGACAGUUCAGUCGUCAAUAUGUUUAAAGAUAUAGACAUCUUAGAACAUUUUUGUACUUUGUUUAAUAAAAUCAAAAGUAUUUUAAAAACUUUAGAUUCUUUGGAGCCUUUUCCUUCCCCUGAUUCCCUUCUCCUCUCCUCACUAAAACAAACACAAAAAACCCCUUCAAACUAUUUCUUGUAUAAUUAGAGUACAUAUUCUAAUAAAAUUAGGAAUUUUGCCUUCUUUCUUAUGAUACGUUUUCAUUUCUGUUGUCCAAUUCAGCUAUGGCUGGACAUGUGGCUUUUGUUUCACCAAGGGGUCUUCUCCAGUGCUUUGGAUGCAGUUUCUAAAUUAGCCCUACUUCAAAUGACCAGUUCCUACUUUCUCUUUUGACUCCUCUAGGCUAUACCUUUGCGCCUGAAGGGAACAUUGGCUGAUUGGCUCCAUAGGACACAUUAUCACUUGCCACAAGGUUAACAAUCCAGUGACCUUCCUCCAAUAGACCUCUCCAGCCACUGAAAAUAUUCAUGAACUCAUUCCUUAAUGGUUAGCCUGCUCCCAUCAUACCCUGAUGAUAAGAGUGAUUCUGAACUCCCAGUUUUCAUGAUAGAAAUCCUUCAUGAUACUCUAUCCUUCAAUGUCACCUCAACUCUAACCACCUUUAUCCUAUGACCUACUCUAAAUCUACCCACCCCUUCCACUGUGCUCUCUAAAAUGACUACUCCA